AUGAGUAGGUCAACCUUCAGUGCCCUGCAUGAAAAUGUGGGAAGCAAUAUUGGGUUGAUUCUUGAUUUUCCGAGAAGUAGUCUCGGCAUGAGCAAAAGAAAAUGGCAUUCUGCUUUCAUUACCAUCUAUUGCUCUAGAGCCUUCCUCUCUUUACGACCUUCUACACUUCCCAAACAUACCAACUCCACAUUCAUAUCUCGCACACUCUCUUACUCCAUUGUUAGAGUCGAGCCAGCCUUGAUCCCAGCCAUUAAUGGAUUCAAAGCAGACCCAAAAAGCCUCACUGAGCUUGUGAAGGAGAAAAAUCUCAAAGAGCUCUUGGAGCUUGGAGGGGUUGAAGAAGUAGCAUCAGCUCUCAAAAUUGAUGCAGAGCAUGGAAUCAAUGGUGAUGAUACUGAAGACACUGCGCGCAGACAUCAAGAAUUUGGUUCCAACACAUACAAGAAACCGCCAACGCAAGGAUUCCUUCAUUUUGUGUGGGAAGCCUUCAAAGACAUCACAAUUCUCAUUCUUUUAGGCUGUGCUGCACUCUCUCUUGGUUUCGGUAUCAAAGAGCAUGGAUUAAAAGAAGGUUGGAUUGAUGGUGGAAGCAUUGGUCUUGCGGUCAUUCUGGUCAUUUCUGUUUCAGCCAUUAGUAACUACAGUAGCAAUCUCCAAAUUGAGGCCGUGAGAAAUGGAAGGCGCCAACAGAUUUCAAUAUUUGAAAUUGUGGUUGGUGAAGUCAUCUGCUUGAAGAUUGGAGAUCAAGUACCAGCAGAUGAAUUGCUUCUAGAUGGCCAUUCUUUAUCAGUAGAUGAAUCAAGCAUGACCGGGGAGAGCGUGUAA